UCCCCUGCUCGCUGCAAUCGCAGUUGCAAAGGGGUCAGGAACUAGGCAAGGAGCGCCUGAACAAGAGCAGCUUUCUCCUGCCCUUCCAGCUGUUGUGUUCAAUCCAGCCUCCGGUCCUGAACAGGGCAGAGAGACCGUCAGCAUACAUAAGGCACGGUUGAAGGCAUAAGUUAUGAGUUACCCAAACAGUACAUCCUCACUGUUGGACGAUAUUGGGGAUUCUUCAACUAGGACAGAUGUUAUUGUCAUUGCAGGCGUUAUUGCAGCAAUUGCUUUUGUCCUCACCUGCCUGGUGAUUGUGAUGCUUCGGUACCUGUACAGGCACAAAGGCACCUACCACACCAACGAGGCAAAGGGAACUGAAUUUGCCGAAAAUGCAGACACCGCUUUGAAAAACGACCCUGCUCUCCAGGAGGCGGUGGAUGAGAGCAAAAAGGAAUAUUUCAUCUGAGAGUUAAAGAGUCCACAUGAAGACUUUCUUCAUGCUCCUUUCCCCAAGGGAAUCAAUCAGAAGCACUGCAUCCACGGCAACUUCAAAAGAUGGAUAUUGCAAGGGUAUAGGCAAGCCUCCUAAUUGAAAUGCUACUUCUUUAUUCUUCCCCAUGAUGAACUGAAUGCCAGAUACUUGGCUGUUGAUUUUAUUAGCAGCACAGCUGGUCACAGUUGAAUUCAAUAUCAGAUAAGAAGAAACAAAAUCUCAGUAUGAGUGAUAUACCAAUACUAGAUAAUGAUAUCAAAUGUCAAACCUUGACAUUUGGUGAAAAUAACAGCUGCCAAUGGAAAACAUUCACUCAAAGUUAAUGAUGCAUCCUACGCUGAUAUUAUACAGGACUACCUGAAAAUGAAAUUCAAAUGGCAAUAGAACAAAUGCUAAACCAGAUAAAGCUGAGGUUACCAGAACAAAUAUUGAUUUGUAGUCCGGAUUUUUCCCCUUUAAAUGUGUGCAUUUCCAAGUGUGAGGAUCUGAGGGCCUUGGGGGGAGAGAAGUUUUUAGAUUUUUGUUU